CAGGCGGAUCAGGAAUCAUGGCAACAUCCAAGAACUCAUACCAAUUGUGGGGCGGACGCUUCAGCGAGAAGCCCAGUGAGGCUUUACAGGCUCUGAAUAUCAGUCUGCCUUACGACUCGCGUCUCUAUGCGGACGAUUUAGAUGCCAGCAAAGCCUAUGCAGAGGCUCUUCAGCGCGCAGGGUACUUAAACACCGCUGAGGCGGACAAGCUGGUGAAAAGUUUGGAGCUGAUUCGGUACGAUUGGAUCGAGCGCACCAUCAAGUUCCUGCCCACCGACGAGGAUGUGCACACUGUCAACGAGCGGCUGCUGGUGGAGAUUACCGGGGAGCUGGGUCAGCGACUGCAUACCGGCCGGAGCCGCAACGACCAGGUGGUCACCGACAUGAAGCUCUGGCUGCGCAGGGGCAUUCGAGAGACCCUCGGUCGCCUGAGUCGCGUUAUAGAGUCUGCCGUUAAGCAGGCCGAAGUCCAUCUUGGGGUCCUAAUACCCGGCUAUACGCAUAUGCAGCGGGCCCAGCCGGUUCAAUUCUCCCACUGGCUACUUUCGCAUGCCUUCGCCUUGCGCGAGGACUGCCUCCGUUUGGUGGAGCUGCGUGAUCGCGCGAAUGUCCUGCCCCUGGGCAGUGGAGCCCUGGCCGGCAAUCCUCUUGGUAUCGAUCGUCUGUGGCUGGCCGAACGCUUGGGCUUCUCUGGCGUCACCGCAAACAGUAUGCAUGCUGUCGGAGAUCGUGAUUUUGUGGUGGACUUCAUCUAUUGCUGUUCCCUGGUCAGCUUGCACCUGUCGCGUUUUGCAGAAGAUCUGAUCAUCUACAGCACAAAGGAGUUCGAUUUCAUUCGCCUCCACGAUAGCCUCUCCAGCGGCAGCAGCCUGAUGCCACAGAAGCGGAAUCCGGAUAGCUUGGAGCUGAUCCGCGGCAUCUCCGGAGUGAUUAGCUCCAAUCUGACUGGCAUUAUGAUGACCAUCAAGGGCACACCGUCCACUUACAACAAGGACCUGCAGUUCGAUAAGGAAUACUGCUUCCAGUCGUUCGAUAAGCUAAAACAGGUGCUCGAUGUUACUCAGGGUGUUAUCCAGACGAUGCAAGUGCAGCGGGAUACGAUGGAGGCGGCCCUCAGUCCGGAUAUGCUGGCAACGGAUUGGGCGUACUAUUUGGUGAAGAAGGGCAUUCCCUUCCGACAGGCCCAUCAUUUCAUUGGUCGCGUAGUCUCGCUAGCAGAGCAGCGCGGUGUGGGCAUUACCGAGGUGCCGCUGGGUGAACUGCAGAAGAUCUGUCCCGCCUUCGGAUCGGACAUUGCCAGCGUAGCCGAUUACGCCAACAAUGUGCAGCAGUACGAUGUGAUUGGGGGCACGGCCACGGCCAGCAUCGAGGAGCAGCUGCGUCUCCUUAAUAACUUUGUCAAAGAUAUGCGCAAGCAGUCCUAGAGCACAGGCGCUUUAUUUAAACGUGAUGUUACGUUUGGCUUUGGUGUUUGGUUAACAAAUGAAAAAGAUUUACAUUGA